GCCUCCAUGGACGUGUUUCUGGAAGCUGUCGAAGCACAGGAGCUGCUCCGGGGGCAGAGCUGGGAGGAACACGCACUUCCUGGAGCUUCAGCCGCCACUGACUAAGGGAGAAAACACACACACUCUCUCUCAGAGACGGGCGCAGAGAGUUUUCAGUGGCAGUAAUGGAGGUCUCCUGAAGCUUCUUUUCUCUGUCAGAUGGCCUCAGUCUCGCGCCGCUCAGCCGACGCGUCGUUUCGCGCUGCCGCCGCCGCCGUCGUCGCGGGGAGCGCGAACCGCGGCCACGAGCUGCUGCCGCCUCGCGCCUAAGGCUAAGCUAGGCGAGGCGAGGCUCUCGCUCUGGCUCGAGCUCAGACUGCGGCUUUAGCGAGCAGGCCGGCGUGCGCGGCCUAAAGCGGCGCGUUGAGCGAACCCCUUGUCCGCGCGCUGCCACUUUCUCGCGUAACAAUUGAUCCAUCAGCGCGUGCGCUUGCGUUUCAUUGGUUUUCGUGCUUUUUGCCGUGGCUCGAGUCGAGCUCGCGAUUCGUGACAUUUUCGCUCGGUAAAUUCGUGUCGCUGUUACGCACAGACACGCAGAGCUAGCUUUAGCUAGCUAAAUUCAAUUUCUUCGUGUACUCCUGCUAGUUUGCCUUUUUUUGGAUUUUUUUUUUCUCUAGUUGGGGUGUUUACUGCGUUUUAUGGUUUAAACCGUAUCUGUCGAAUGCGUGUGGCUUGUAUUGAUCGUAAAAGAGUGGUUUUGAUGAGUAGCGAUGUCUCUGUCGUCCGCCGAAAUGCUCGAGACGCCUCCUGGAUACCCUUUCGAGGACAUAGACUACGCGGACAUCGGGGUUGAGGAGGUGGUGGGCAGGGGUGCUUUCGGCGUUGUCUGCAAGGCCAAAUGGAAAGGCAAAGAUGUGGCAAUCAAGACCAUAGAGAGUGAAUCUGAAAGAAAAGCAUUCAUGGUUGAGCUUCGCCAACUUUCCCGUGUAAAUCAUCCAAACAUUGUUAAGCUGUAUGGCUCCUGCAAUAACCCAGUUUGCCUAGUGAUGGAAUAUGCUGAAGGUGGAUCUUUAUACAAUGUAUUGCAUGGUGCUGAGCCGCUCCCCUACUACACGGCCUCCCAUGCCAUGAGCUGGUGUUUACAGUGUUCCCAAGGAGUCGCCUAUCUCCAUGGCAUGAAACCAAAGGCUCUCAUUCACAGGGAUCUCAAACCUCCCAACCUUCUGCUUGUGGCAGGUGGGACGGUCCUGAAGAUAUGCGACUUUGGAACAGCCUGUGACAUUCAGACACACAUGACCAACAAUAAAGGGAGCGCUGCAUGGAUGGCACCUGAGGUUUUUGAAGGCAGCAAUUACAGCGAGAAGUGCGAUGUGUUCAGCUGGGGGAUCAUCCUCUGGGAGGUGAUAACACGGAAGAAGCCAUUCGAUGAGAUUGGGGGCCCUGCCUUCCGCAUCAUGUGGGCUGUCCACAAUGGCACCCGGCCACCCUUGAUCAAGAACCUCCCAAAACCAAUUGAGAGUUUGAUGACACGCUGCUGGUCCAAGGACCCAUCCCAGCGGCCCUCCAUGGAAGAGAUAGUGAAGAUUAUGUCCCACCUCAUGCAGUACUUUCCAGGAUCUGAGGAACCCUUGCAGUACCCUUACCAGUACUCAGAUGAAGGGCAGAGCAACUCGGCCACCAGCACAGGUUCCUUUGUAGAGGGUACCUGCACAAGCACCAGCGGCAGGAGCGAUGCCAACAUGGAGCACACAGACUCCCAAAGGAGCAACGACACAAUCAAGAUUAUGGAGCCAAAGUUUCCACCUCCAUUUAAACCAAAGGGAGAAGGUAUGUGGACCAACCACCCUCUUUCAAGAGUGGGCAGCGUGGAGAGCCUAUCAGGGAGGCCCCAGUGUCCAGCAUCUUCUGACAGUAAGAGGAUGAGCACAGACCUGUCAGAGCUGGAUCACCGUGUGCCAUUCGGACCUACAGCACCCCCCUCGUAUAAAAGAGGCCACCGUAAAACUGCUUCCUUUGGCACCAUUCUGGACGUUCCCGAGAUCGUCGUCACAGCCACCUCCGACUCCCAGAGACGGAGGUCGGUGCAGGAUCUUCCAGGGAUCGGCACAGAAUCUAGCCAGGGGAGCCGGAAUAGCAGCAGGUCAUCCAGUCCCAGCGUAAGGAUGAUCACAUCAGACAAGUCCGGCAGAGGUUACACCUUCUCCCCUGAUGACCCCACAGACACGAAUGGAUCAGAGAACUCCAUCCCCAUGGCCUAUCUGACGCUGGACCACCAGCUGCAGCCCCUUGCUCCUUGUCCCAACUCCAAAGAGUCCAUGGCUGUGUUCGAGCAGCACUGCAAAAUGGCCCAGGAAUAUCUGAAGGUGCAGACUGAAAUCGCGUUGCUGAUCCAGAGGAAGGAGGAGCUCAUUGCUGAACUCGACCAAGAUGAAAAAGAUCAACAGAACACCUCUCGCCUGGUCCAGGAGCACAAGAAGCUCGUGGAGGAAAACAAGAGUUUAUCCACUUAUUACCAGAAGUGCAAGAAGCAGCUGGAGCUCAUUCGGGCUCAGCAGCAGAAGAGGCAGGGUACCUCAUGAUGGGCAUGCUAAGGGAAGGCAGCCUUCCCCCCGGGCCUGUUCCCCUGGGUCACCCUUUGGUUCAUGCCACAGAGACACAAGUACUGCCCCACUCCCUGCCCUGCAUCAUCUAACUCUUAAUUUCCUCACAAGUCUCUCUUCCCAACAAUCUUGCAGUAGUCCUACAGCCUCCACCCUGUCUCCGUCUCAUGUGAUCGUAUUCCUCAGUCAGUAGGUUACUAUGGAUGCUGGUAUUCCUUGCACCCUAUAGAGACCUGUGAUGCACUGUGUACCAGCAUGCAGCAUUGUGCAAAUUGUUUUGCUCAUAGACUGAGCGCAGGGCUUUCUGGGAGGGUAAUAAAUUCAUGCAGAUUUGGGACUAUGCCUAUGAAAAGUUGUCCGAGACCUUUUUCCACCUCUUCUGUUUGGCCUGCUUCACCUAUACAGAAUGGAGUGGUGUACUUAGAAAGUUUGGUGUUGUAACCUAGGGUACAGGUUAAAAUCGGUGCCAUAAUUCCAUGUCUUCUAGAAUUGGUCUUUGGUUUGUAAAAAAAAGUGAUGAGGAUUUCUGGACUGGGUUUUAAGCCAGUCACAAAUAGGUCACAGACUCCUUGGUCAGCGAACCUGCAUUUUCAGCCCUUGUUCAAUACAACCGAAUGGAGUCGGCCAUGUCUUGAUUAGGUGGAAAUCAAGAUGGGUAAAAUGUAUUGCACAUUUUCGAAGGAUGUAUGCUGUGUGUCCUUCAAGAGACAUGCAACGCUACUAUAAUGACCGUGCCUCUUCUCCUAAUUUGAUUCUGUGGAAUACGUUAAAGUUUACUUUUUCCACGACUGUCUGAUAUGAGCAUGAUCUACCAAAUGACUUGGAACCGCCUGUGGACCCUCUGAAAGUAUUUCAACCUUAUUUUUGGAAAAGGGUUUUUUUUAUGGAAGGUGUAUUAUAAAUAUGCUGUGUACUUAGAUAUAUGUGUGUCAUCAGAAAGAAUAGUAGACAAAGGUUAGGAACAUGUUCAUACAUGGGGGUUCACUCCAUAAAUGCAACAUUUUGUUUUAAUUCAGUUUUCUUCCAAAUGAACAAAGUCAUGUGAGUGUAUCUCCUGUUGGUCCUUUGCUGAACCUGCUAAAGAAAGGAAACUGGCAGCCCUGUUCUUCUUGUGUUAAACAUGUAAUGUGAUUUCAGUAUUCAUAGUUUCAUUUUGCUGUUGUCUUUCUUAUGAAAUAUUUAACUAUCUUAAGGCACAGUUAGUUGGGAUUGUAGGUUUGGUAUGGGCAAUUCAAAGUGUGAAUGGAAAGACAGAAAGGCUUCCUUCUCUAUUUUUAAUUUUUAGUUCACACGUUGCCUUAGAACAUAAUUGCUUGUGUAUUAAUGUAAUUGACUUGGUUUUUGCUGUAUUGAAAACUUGAUCAAUUGCGCUUCAAGUAACUUUCUGGAGAAAAAAUGUGACUUGUACGAACUGGGGACUUUUCUACACAAGAGGAAAAACCGGAAUGUGCUGGCUUGAUGCAUUUAUUUUGGAAAUAUGCUGCAAAAUUCACAUUUUAUAUUUCAGUUAUGAAAGUGUGGUCACUGAUGCCAGGAAUUGUAUGCUUCUCUACAACUGACCUACAAGAAGACGACUGUAUCUUACAUUCACGUCUGUGCAAGGAAAGUCUCGUCUGGAGUGCUGAGCGGAGAUGCCCCUUUUUUUGCACAAUCAAGUGAUUUCCCUGAAAUAGAAAUGUCAAUGUACAUGAAUUAUAGUAAGUUAUCUUAAGUAUGUGUAAUAUACUUCCUAUUUAAAGUAGGCUGCUCACUUAUGAUAUGCAGUGAGUGUUUUUUUUUUUUUUUUUUUUUUUUUUUUUC